AAUCCUGGAAUAGGCUAUCGCGAGGUUAGCACCAUAGCAAUAUAUCUAUAGAACCGAUAUCCAAUUAGACCGUUCGAGUAAUGUAUUGUCAAUCAUUAUCAUCUCAAAAUUCUGUGCCACAUUUGAAUAACGUGUAUUUAAAUGACAAUGUAUAUUGUUCAGCCAUGUUGGAUGAUGUACCAAUUUAUAGAUCAGCUACCAGAAAUGUACCACCCAAAAAAUGCAUGGGUCAAAAAUAUCUACUAAGCCUAUAUCUAUGAUUGGCGCGCACCUCGCUCGUGCUGUGGAUGAGAUGAUGCGAAAACAAUGAAGCGACACCCCAAAAAUGGCCCAUGGCAGAUAAACAGGAUAAGAGUGAGCUGAAGGCGGAGCUGGAGAGGAAGAAACAACGCCUGGCCCAAAUCAGAGAGGAAAAGAAGAGAAAGGAGGAGGAGAAGAACAAGAAGAAGGAUGGAUCUGACUCUAAGCGGGGAGGGGAGGGGGGUGCAGCUGGGGCACCAGACUCAUCUGACCUGGAGAAGAAGAGGAGAGAGGCUGAAGCUCUACUGCAGAGCAUGGGGAUCGCCCCUGAUAUAACCAAUGCCCAGCCUCUGAGAGUAAUAACAGAGGAUACGUGUUUGUUUCACUAUCUAGUCCCCGCCCCUAUGUCUCCCUCAGCCAAAUCAAUGUGCAGCGAGACAGGAAGCCAGGACUCUGGAGAUGGAAACUCUAGGACGUUACACUGGGAUCCUGACCCCUCUACUCUACAGCUGCACUCUGACUCCGACCUACUGGGGCGUGGUUUGAGGCUUGGCAUGGCAAAGGUGACCCAGGUGGAUUUCCCACCCAAACAGUCUGUGUCCUACUCCAAGGAGACACAGACCCCCACCUGUACACAAACACACACACAGGACAAACCAGCGGAGGAGGAAGAGGAGGAGGAGAUGGCUGAGCCCAAGCCAGCAGAGGAGUCCCAGGAGGAGAAAGCUGAUCAGGAGGAGAAGCAGGAAGAAAGUGAGACUGACUUUAACCUCUUACCUGUAAAUCGGCUAGCCCUGCCUACACCACAGCUGAUAUUCGUGUGUGUGUGUGUGCUUGUAGUCACUCCCAAAGAUCUGACUGAAGAGGAGAAGAUGCAGCUUCUCCACUCAGAGGAAUUCAUGGCGUUCUUCGAUCGAGGGAGCAGGAUUGUGGAACGGGCUCUGUCUGAACGAGUAGACGUCUGCUUUGACUACAGCGGCCGAGACCUGGAAGACAAGGAGGGUGAGAUGCAGGCAGGGGCUAAGAUGUCUCUGAACAGGGCAUUCUCUGACGAACGUUGGUCCAAGAACAGGGUGGUCACCUGUCUGGACUGGUCUCCUCAGUACCCUGAGCUGCUGGUGGCCUCCUACAACAACAACGAGGAUGCUCCUCAUGAGCCUGACGGAGUGGCUUUGGUCUGGAACAUGAAGUUCAAGAAGACAACACCUGAAUACACCUUCCACUGCCAGUCUGCAGUGAUGUCAGCAGCGUUCGCCAGGUUCCAUCCUAACCUGGUCGUGGGUGGGACUUACUCAGGCCAGAUUGUCCUAUGGGACAACAGGAGCAACAAGAGAACACCUGUACAGAGAACUCCUCUUUCUGCAUCUGCUCACACGCACCCAGUGUACUGUGUGAACGUGGUGGGGACCCAGAAUGCUCACAACCUCAUCAGCAUCUCCACUGAUGGAAAGAUGUGCUCCUGGAGCCUGGACAUGCUGUCUCAACCACAGGACAGUCUGGAGCUGGUGUUUAAGCAGUCUAAGGCAGUAGCAGUGACCUCCAUGGCUUUUCCGCUGGGUGAUGUGAACAACUUUGUGGUCGGGAGUGAAGAUGGAUCAGUCUACACCGCCUGCCGUCACGGGAGUAAAGCAGGUAUCAGUGAUGUAUUUGAGGGACAUCAUGGUCCGGUCACUGGGUUGAGCUGUCACAGUGCUGGGGGUCCUGUGGAUUUCUCCCAUCUGUUCAUCUCUGCCUCCUUCGACUGGACCGUCAAGCUGUGGACCACCAAGAGUACCCGUCCUCUGUAUUCAUUUGAGGACAGCUGUGACUAUGUGUAUGAUGUCAUGUGGUCUCCCACACACCCCGCCCUCUUCGCCUGUGUAGACGGAUCUGGACGCCUGGACCUGUGGAACCUCAACAACGACACAGAGGUGCCCAGUGCAAGUGUGUGUGUGAAUGGGUCUCCUGCUCUGAACCGUGUGCGGUGGGCUCACUCAGGGAGAGAGAUCGCUACAGGAGACUCAGACGGACAGGUGCUGGUGUAUGACGUAGGGGAGCAAAUCUGUGUGCCCAAGGCAGAUGAAUGGACCCGUUUGGUACACACGCUGGUGGAGAUCAACGAGAACCGUGAUGAAGGAGAGGAGCUGGCCGCGCAGCGCCUCGUCGCCUGAUCACCAUGGUAACCACUCCCCUCCUGCACUCGCUUCCAAAUCCUCCCUCCAGUUGGAACAGGAGUGAUGUUUAUCCUCUCAGGUUCUAGAACAUUUGCGUGUUCUGUCCACAGCUCUUCCCUAAAUAUGCAAAACUUUGUACCUUUUUACUACUUUGCAGCUCUUGUGUGUAUUCCCUAAAGGCUGACCAUGUGGGUUUAAUGGGGAAGACAAAGAAAUAGGAUGACCCAUUCCAACAUUUAUAGACUAGGGCAGCAAUGUCCUUAGAUUUUAUUUAUCCUUGCUCUUAUUUAUCAUAUGCGGUUGCACAUAUUUUAAACAUACUACAUAUUUAAACGUGUCUACGGAUAGCUUUACUAGUAAAUCCCAUAACAUUAGCACUACACCUAAGCUCAUACCACUACAAGACAAAGUGCUUUUUAAACUUUCCUUGCCUUGACUGAAUAUGUUAGUGGUUUUUGAAUAAACCAAAGUCAAUGACUUUAUCCAUUUAAAAAUGUAUUGUACCCGUAGGUCUCAAAAGAAACCCAGUGUCUCUCUCCUUCCUGAAAGGAGGUUAAUGAAGUAUUUCCUCAUAUGAAGCCAUAGAUCCAUACAGAGUUUGGCCAACUAUUCACCAUGUUGGCACCAAAUGCACCACAUUCUAAUUAGCAUUUCAACUAGACUUUUGUUGUGGGAACAUUGUCCAUUCCACAAUUCUCUGGUACUCUUUCCAACAAACUCUGUAUAUAUACACACAACACAUUCAGAAAGUAUUCAGACCCCUUGACUUUUUCCACAUUGUGAUGUUACAGCCUUAUUCUAAAAUGGAUUAAAGCCCCCCCCCCCCCCCCCCAUCAUUCUAUACACAAUAUCCCAUAAUGACAAGGUAAAAACAGGUUUUUAAAAAUGUAUAACUGAAAUAUCACAUUUACAUAAGUAUUCAGACCCUUUACUCAGUACUUUGUUGAAGCCCCUUUGGCAGUGAUUACAGCCUUGAGUCUUCUUGGGUAUGACGCUACAAGCUUGGCAGACCUGUAUUUGGGGAGUUUCUGCAGAUCCUCUCAAGCUCUGUCAGGUGGGAUGGGGAGCGUCGCUGCACAACUAUUUUCAGGUCUCUCCAGAGGAUGUUCGACUGGGUUCAAGUCCGGGCCACUCAAGGACAUUGAGACUUGUCCCUAGCCACUCCUGCGUUGUCUUGGCUGUGUGCUUAGGGUCGUUGUUCUGAAGGAAUGUGAACCUUCACCCCAGUCUGAGGUUCUGAGUGCUUUGGAGCAGGUUUGUGUCACGGAUCUUUCAGUUCUUUGCUCCAUUCAUCUUUCACUCAAUCCUGACUAAUCUCCCAGUCCCUACCGCUUAAAAACAUCCCCACAACAUAAUGCUGCCACCACCAUGCUUCACCGUAGGGACGAUGCCACGUUUCCUCCAGACGUGAGGCUUGGCAUUCAGGCCAAAGAGUUCAAUCUUGGUUUCAUCAGACCAGAGAAUCUUGUUUCUCAUGGUGCGAGUCCUUUAGGUGCCUUUUGGCAAACUCCAACCGGGUUCUUUUGUGCACCUUUUCCUGAAGAGUGGCUUCUGUCUAGCCACUACCAUAAAGGCCUGAUUGGUGGAGUGCUGCAGAGAUGGUUGUCCUUCUAGAAGGUUCUCCCAUCUCCACAGAGGACCUCUGUCAGAGUGACGAUUGGGGUUCAUGGUCACUUCCCUGAGGCCUUUCUCCCCCGACUGCUCAGUUUUCCUGGGUGGUUCAAAACUUAUUCAAUUUAAGAAUGGAGGCCACUGUGUUCUUGGGGACCUUCAAUGCUGUAGACAUUUUUUGGUACACUUCCCCCAGAUCUGUGCCGCCAGAAUCCUGUCUCAGAGCUCUACAGACAAUUCCUUCCACCUCAUGGCUUGGUUUUUGCUCUGACAUGCACUGUUAACUGUGGGACCUUAUAGACAGGUGUCUCUUUCCAAAUCAUGUCCAAUCAAUUGAAUUGUAGAAGUUGUAAAAACAUUAAGGAUGAUCAAUGGAAACAGGAUGCCCCUGAGCUCCAUUUCUAGUCACAUAGCAAAGAGUCUGAAUACUGAAUACGUAAAACGUAAAUAAGGUACUUCAUAUUUUUUGGGUACAAAAAAAAAAAAAUGUUUUGCUUUGUUAAUAUGGUGUAUUAAUGAGUAAAACCUUUCAUUUAAUCAAUUUUAGAAUGAGGCUGUAACGUAACAAUGUGGAAAAGGUCUGAAUACCAAAUGUUCUCUGUGCUCCUUAAUGAUUUUGAUAUGAUAGGACAUUUUGUAAAAUUGUAUUAGUAUAACAUGAAGUUACCAAGUCUAGUAUUAUGCCAAAACUCCUGGUAAGGUUUUGCUUGUCCCUUUUUGCUGUUCAUUCCCCUUGAAAUAAACACUAACCUCUAGAAUGAAAACCAUA